AAUCCAAUUCUAUACAGUUUUAUUAUGCAGAAUAUGUUGAGAAUGCUUCUGAUACACCCACUUAUAGAGUUAAGAAAAUGACCUACCAACCUCCAUCUGAGUGCUAUAGUCUCGUUGGCUCUUGUAAUGGCUUUAUUUGUCUAAAUGGUUUACCUGCUCAUUUUACUCAUGAUGAUUAUGAUGAAUUUGAUCCAGCUUCCAAUGUUGCUUAUGUAUGUAAUCCCAUUACUAGAGAAACUGUUAUGCUCCCAGAAUUAAAGAGAAGAUCUUGUCAUGAUGAUCGAGUUGAUUUCCUUGUGAUUGGAUUUGGUUACGCUCCUUCAACUGAUGAGUACAAGGUUGUUAGACUGUACAAGUUCAUGAGAGAACCCAAAUUUGCACGAAUUGAGGUUUACACACAGGGCAGUGGCAAGGGAUGGAGAGACGAAGGGAAGAAAAUAGAGACUGGUCUCGGUGGUUGGCAACAUGGUGUGUUUGCAAAUGGGUGGAUUUAUUGGAAUUUCGGAAACGGGAAAAUUGUGGCCUUUGAUUUAGCUGAUGAAAUGUUUGUCGAAUUAUCUGAGUGUCCUAUAUUUCGGUGCAGGAGAAUUAGACUUGGGGUAUUGGGAGAUCAUUUGUGUGCUACAAAUUCCGAUACCAUUACCAACAUUUCUGAUGUGUGGUUAUUGAAAAAGCACAAAGAUGAAUCAUUGAUGAGUUGGAGUAAGGAGUUAAGCUUAACUAAUAUGGAUGGAUACGAUACUCCCCUUGCCGUUACGGGUAGUGCUAAACUUUUAUGUCACUCAAAUACCAGCCUCUAUCUUUAUGAUCUAAAAUCUUCUUCUUCAAAAUUGCUUGCAAAUUUUGAUAGAUGCUUUCAUCAAGUAAUUCCUCAUAGGAACACCUUAAUUUCCAUCGAUAGCAUUACGAGAGAGAACUCAAAAUCGCUGGAAUCUGGUGAAAAUGUGCAAUACGGGAAACUAAAGGCAGGGAUUGGCAGAUGAAGCAGCAAUAAGAAGGAAGAGAUCUGGACAACAUAUCGUCAGCAUUUCAUGGUUUGAUGUUCAGAAUCUCAAGUGUCGCUGUCACAUCAAUUUGUUCGAAAAUUUUGUUGGUUGGUUCUUAAAUUGGAAGAGCUUUAUCGAAGAAAAUAUUUCUUGAAGAACAUGAUAAAUUCCUUUCGUCGUCUACAACAGAACUUGUUACUCUUUUCAAUUGUUCUCUAGUCGGGAAAGUGAUUUACGUGUUGAAAUACUAGUUUGCUUUGAAUGGAGAGUGCAUCUACAAGGAGAAAAGGAUGGAGCUCUUCCAUCAGCACCGGAUGAGUUGCUGCUAAAGUGUGAUGUUAGUCAGAUAGAUAACUUCUUAAUCAGUGAGUCCGUAAAAAAGCAUAAUAAGAGUCAUUCCUAAGAUUUCUUUUUCCAUGUUAUUGCUGUUUCCAGACGACAGUUUGUUUUAUCAAGUCCUUAAGUCAGAAGCUGGCGGAGGCUUACAGGAGAUGGGGUCUUCAAAACUGAGGUUCCUGAAAAUCUUGAUCAGAACUUGGAAAAGUAUUGUGAAAAGAUUUUCCCUCUGGGAGCUGACAAGUCCAAAGAUUCAAUGAGCAUAGUGUGUUCUCUGUUAUUUGAAUACCUGGAAGUUUUUAUUUUGAGAAAUAUUUGUUGAGUUAUCCAUGGAGAUGCAGGCGCUGCCUGUCAAAUCAUUUUCCUUGUUUGAUUCAUUUUUUAACUCAUCUCUCCUGUAUAGGUUUGUGGAUCCAAUUCUUAUUUCACUACAUGAAGGGAAAUGUUCUGAUCAUGAGUUUUUGAGCUGCUCCAAACUCAUUCUCAGCAUGUCCCUUCUAUUUUUCGUAGUGAUUCAAUUUCUGACUCUGGUAGUGCUUUUCAAUGUGUGACAUUAUUGAAGCUGAUAUCCUGAAUUCUGAGUUAUCAUGUUUUAUCUACUGAUACCCAGGUGCUUCGAGUAACAAGCAUUUUCGGUCUUCAAGUAUCUCUUUCACACAAUAGAAAGUUAGAAUUGAUUAAAUUCUGAAGAAUUGUUAUCAUUUUAGCUCUUGUCAGAACAAAUAUACUGUUGUCAGAACAAAUAUACUGUUACAGGUGAAGGUAUCAGCGUAAAUUUUGGAGAGUUGCUUUCAAUGCUCUUAUCCUGUUAUGGUGAGACAAUGUGUGAAAUUGACUUGGAGAUUUUCAAACCAAUGAACUGGAUUGUCGCUACUAAAGGGUCCUACUGUCUAAGAAUUGCUGAAAUGGAUUACCUGUGGGGAGAGGCUGCUUCCAAAGUUAGACUGGAAAAAAAGCUUACAUAGUCCAAUGAGUUGAUGGCUGAACUUCAAAAGAUUUUUUGGGAUGGACUUCUAAUAUAAUUUUAGCAGCAGUUACAAAUUUUCUACAUGACAGGGCUGCAUUUGAGAGAGCUAUAACUCCAAAACUUCUGGAGGAUAAUAUCAUGGAUUCACUAGAGGUAUUUCCUCUUUCUCGACUAAUAUAUGCAUAUUAUCUAGUUUUUCUUGUUGUAUUCUCAACAUUUAUUGCAGGAACCAUAUGCAAGGACCGAUAGGCUACACUGGUAUGAUCCUGUUUUCCUAUUGCUUCUCAAUUCAUGGCCUCUCAAUGAGUUACUUUGGAAGUUUUAAGUUCGCAGGUCUUGGAUUACUUGCACUUUUACUUAUGAGCACGUCUUCACCAGGUUACUUUGAAAGUUUAGAGUUUAGGAUGGAUACUUUGGUAUGCAAGGUUAGUUUUGGAGGAUGGCUUCGAAAGAUACGAAAAUAAGUAUUUCCGGAUGUGGAGCUUUUAUUCUUCUUCCUCCUCAGACAAUGAGUCAAGAAAGCUGAUUCUUCAGAUUGUCAAUGCUAUUAGUUCGAGGAGAAUCAUUAUGGAGCUUCCCCUGAAUCACCUAAAAAUCCAGGAAAGGUGACCAGGUUCUCUGGAAGGUGUUCUUGAACAGCUAUUGAAACUCGUUUCUCAUCUAUAUAAUAAAUUCUUCUCAGCAGUUUGAAGACUAUAAUCCUGACUGGAUAUGGUAAAGAUCUCUUCAAAUUCUUCAAGACCUUUUCUUAAUCACAAUAAGACCCUGCGUAUGUUCUAAACAUUCAUAUCUCAUUUAAUCAUGAAUUUAAGGAUUGCUCAUCAGCAGAGCAAACUGACUCACAGAAGGUGGAUGAAUUAAUGCUUGCUAAAGUCUUCUUCUCAUUUCAAAAUGCUCUCAGGUUAAACACCUUACACUUGCCUUUUAUGUCGUAUUAAGAGUUGGGAGAAUUUGGUGUUUCUGAGUGGGAAAGGAACACAUUUAUACUGAACGGGUAUUCUGGAGACGAUGUACCGAGAAUCAACUGCAACUGCCAUCAGUAGAAAAAAGUUGAGGGUAUUAUAGUCACUGUAAUUACUGCUGACUAGUACUUUCAGUAUAAAAGGCUAUUAGCAGUAGUACUACUUCUGGAAUUCCAUAUACAUUGACAUGAAAUCUGUGCAGAAAAGCUUAAAUUACUGAAAUACAUUGAGAGUUUGUUAUUCUUAACGCAACAGGAUAACAGCUCUAUACUAGCAUACCCCCAUUUUUCCAGCUCUAUGGUGUUACUUUCAUCUUUGGCAUUCAGCUUUUUAUUGCCAUCAAUAUUGGUACUGUAGGACCAAUAGGAUCAUUCUUCCAACGCUUGUGCAUAGCAUUACCACACAAGAAGAAUUUGUUACCAAGGAAACCAGAACCAGUCACAACCACCCACCCAAGGUUUCAAAGUGGAGGAAACAAAAGGCAGGGAUUGGCAGGUAAAGCAACAAUAGGAAGGGAAAGAUCUGGACCACAUAUUAUCUGAUGUUGAUAAGGACGACCAUUUGGAGAAAACUUGGUUUCACACAUUGAACAAGAAAAGAUAUCAGGUGUUGAUUUCACUUCAAGAUAAGCUUUGGUUUUACACCAUAUCUUAAGUAACUUGGCGAAACUGGGGCAUGAAGAUUAAUUACACUUGGAAGAUUCUGUUUCAUGGACCUAUAAUUUUUAGAAUUUGAUAGUUUCCUAGUAACUUCCCAGAGCUUUUAUCCAAUGCCACAGGAACUUGUCUGAAAGGAACUAGCUCCAUGUCUUAA